AUGCAGCUCGGAUUCACCAUGAGGCCACUUUGGUCUGGAUCCAAGACGACUGCCAUGUGGGAGCACUUUGACACAUUUUCCGAGAGAUGGCAGGCUAUAAGUGAGAACGCGCUUGACUGCAAGAUUCUUAUCCACUCUCUCACCCGAGCAGACUGGAUCUGCAAAUACGCCGGCGCUCCCUCCAAGGAGCGAGGUGGAAAGCUGAACAACGACUUGCUCAACGGGCGCCGUGAUAUCCAGAACCAGGUGGGCCGCGACGUCAUCAAACAAAAGACGUUGCGCCAGGACUGGACGACCUCGGAAGACUUUGAGAUCCGUAACAAAGAGGGCGAACUGGUUCUGAAGGCAGGUCACUUGGGCGACAGGAAGCGUCGACAGCUCGCAGUCAGGAGCCGAAAGGAUGGGGAAAGCUAA